AUGGAGGUGGCUCUCGGCUCGGCGGCCUCGCUCCUCGGCAAGCUGUUGAGGACGCUGUCCGACAGCCUGGUGGCGGUUUACGUGGACAGCCUUCAGCUCGGCCACAACUCGGAGCAGAUCAAGGACAAGCUGCUGCACGCGCAAGGCCUCCUGCACAACGCCCAGGGGCAGGGGAGCCAUAACCCUGGCCUGCAGGGGUUGCUGGAGAAGCUGAGCAGGGACGCCGACCAGGCAGAGGACCUGCUGGAUGUGCUCCACUACUUCCAGAUCCAUGACAGGCUCCACGGCACCAACUACGCCGCCAUCCAAGAGGCCGGCGUUGAUGGCCUCAGGCAUCAAGCUCUCCAUGCCGGUACUGCUCUUCGCCACACCUUGCUCCACUUCUUUUCUUGCUCGCCUACACCCAAGACCAAGAGGGAUGGUAGUGAUGAUGAUGCUGCUCUUGUCGGCCGCGUCACCAAAAAAUCCAAAACCAACUCUGCUAGUGCUAGUGCUAGUGCUGAUGGUGAUGAUAUGCUGCAUUUCGACAGAGUGUCCAUGUCCAGCAAGAUCAAGUCCCUGUUACAGGGCAUGCAGUCCCACUGUGAUUCCGUCUCCAAUUUGCUCCGCAUCGGCAUCGGCAGUAUCCCAAGCAACAGCACGGCAUUGUCAGUCGUCCUACAUCGGCCUCAGACUGCUUCCAUGAUUAUACAAGACACAUUGUAUGGCAGGAGAGACGUUUUUGAGGAAACUGUCAAUCGUAUCACCACUCUUAUAGUUGGUACCACACAGACUGAGACUGUUUCUGUUCUUCCUAUAGUUGGUCCAGGGGGUAUUGGAAAGACAACUUUCACCACUCACCUGUACAAUGACGCAAGGACUCAAGACCACUUCCAAGUCAGGGUGUGGGUAUGUGUAUCCACUGAUUUCAAUGUGCUUAAGCUCACCAGGGAGAUCCUUGGCUGCAUACCUGCAACUGAAGGAGCAGGAAGCAGCGGUGUUGCAAAUGAAACAGCCAAUUUAGACCAGCUUCAGAAAUCCAUAGCAGAACGUCUCAAGUCCAAGAGGUUUCUAAUUGUCUUGGAUGAUAUAUGGAAAUGUGACAGUCAGGAUCAGUGGAAAACCCUGGUAGCUCCGUUCACAAAGGGGGAAAGCAAAGGAAGUAUGCUACUUGUCACAACUCGAUUCCCAAAGGUAGCAGACAUGGUGAAAACAGUUGAUCCACUAGAGCUGCGAGGUUUGGAGUCUAAUGACUUCUUCACAUUCUUUGAAGCAUGUAUAUUUGGUGAAGAAGAAAAGCCCGAGCAUUACCAAGAUGAGUUUGCUGGUAUUGCACGAAAAAUUGCAAACAAGCUAAAGGGUUCCCCGCUCGCAGCCAAAACAGUUGGUAGACUAUUGCAGAAGGACCUUUCUGAGGAACAUUGGCAUGGAGUUCUUGAAAAGCAUCAGUGGCUAAAGCAGCAAGAAAAUGAUGAUAUCAUGCAAUCUUUAAAGAUUAGCUACGAUUACCUCCCAUUUGAUCUGAAGAAAUGCUUUUCCUAUUGUGGCCUUUUCCCUGAAGAUCAUAGGUUUACUUCUUCAGAAAUCAAUCGUUUCUGGGUGGCAACAGGCAUCAUAGACUCUGAUCAUCAAGCCGAUAGGAAUCACAUGGAAGAACUAGUGGACAAUGGUUUUCUCAUGAAGCAAUUCGAUUGGCGUGAUCGAUGGUGGUAUGUAAUGCAUGAUUUAAUGCAUGAGCUAUCUAAGAGUGUUUCUGCACAAGAAUGCCACAAUAUAAGUGGCUUUGAUUUCAGAGCUGAUGCCAUCUCGCAAUCUGUUCGGCACUUAUCUAUCAACAUAGAAGACAGAUAUGAUGCAAAUUUUGAGAAAGAAAUGUGUAAACUAAGGGAGAGGAUAGACAUUGCUAAUCUGCGGACUUUGAUGAUUUGUAGAAGAUAUGAAGAAGAAAGAAUUGCCAAGAUUUUGAAAGAUAGCUUCAAGGAAAUAAAUAGUCUGCGUGUCCUAUUUAUAGCAGUGAGUACUCCAGAAUCUUUUCCAUAUAGGUUUUCAAAACUGAUCCACCUCCAGUACCUCAAAAUUAGUUCAUCUUACAAAGACGGUGAAAUCAGUUUACCUAGUACACUAUCAAGAUUUUAUCACUUGAAAUUCCUGGACCUAGAUGAUUGGAGUGGUCGUACUGAUUUACCUGAAGACUUCAGCCACCUUGAGAAUUUACAUGAUUUCCGUGCUGGAAGUGAACUCCACUCCAAUAUUCGCAAUGUUGGAAAGAUGAAGCAUCUGCAGGAGCUAAAAGUAUUCCAUGUCAGGAAGGAGAGCAUGGGAUUUGAACUGACAGAACUUGGGGCAUUGCCAGAGCUUGAAGGAGGACUGAUUAUACGUGGUCUUGAACACGUGGCAACCAAGGAGGAAGCUACUGCAGCCAAACUGAUGUUGAAAAGGAACCUGAAGGAGUUGGAAUUACUCUGGGGCAGAGAUGGACCAACUACAGAUGAUGAUAUUCUUGAUGCUCUUCAACCACACUCUAAUCUUAGAGUACUUACAAUUGCAAAUCAUGGUGGUAUGAUUGGUCCUAGCUGGUUGUGUCUUGACAUCUGGUUGACAAGUCUAGAGACUCUCACUCUAGAAGGCGUAUCUUGGAGCAACCUCCCACCCUUUGCGAAGCUACCAAAUCUCAAGGGCCUCUAUUUGAAUAAAAUUUCUGGAAUGCAUCAGUUUGGGCCUCUAUGUGGUGGCGCUCCAGGGAAAUGUUUUAUGCGCUUGAAGGAAGUUGGGUUUUAUGAGAUGCCAGAACUUGCUGAAUGGGUUGUGCUACCUAAUUGCCAUUCCUUUCCAAGUCUUGAAGAAAUCGAAUGCGUCGAUUGUCCCAACCUCCGUGUGAUGCCCUUCUCUGAGGUAUCUUGCACCAAUUUGCGCAGACUUUUUGUUUCUGGGUGCCCCAAGAUGUCUCUGCCGUCCAUGCCUCACACAUCCACACUGACAGAUUUGGUUGUUAAAAGAGAUAGAACAUAUAAUUCAGAAACGUUGUUGUCUUAUGAUGGAAAGGAAUUGGAAUUGGUUGUUAGUGGGUAUGGCGGUGCUUUGGCCUACCACAAUCUGGAUAAAGUAGAAGAUAUGGAUAUUGAAAAUGCAUCGCACAUAUCAUUGACAGACAUCGAAAAGUUUAAAUCCCUAACAAAAGUAACUGUCGGAAGAUGCGACGGUUUAUUCCCUGAAGAGCUGGAUGGCGGUUUUGUCUUCCCUUCAGUUGAGAGUCUCCAAUUACAUGUAUCUCAUCUUGCCAGCAAAUCAUCAUCUUCAAAAGUGUUAAACUGUUUCCCAGCUCUUUCUGUGUUGCACAUAGAUCACUGUGAGGAGGAAUGUGUAAUGCAGUUCCCAUCAUCCAGCUCACUGCAGAAAGUUAACUUCUCAUACUGCAAGGGCCUGAUUCUUGUGCCUCUGGAGAAGGAGAAUGGAGGAGGAACUCAGGAGGACAACUCAUUGCUCCAAUCAUUAACAAUAAAGGGAUGUGGCAAACUCUUCUCCCGUUGGCCCAUGGGAAUGGGAGAAUCAGAGACCAUUUGCCCUUUCCCUGCUUCCCUGAAGAAACUUGAUGUCGAAGGAGAGCCAAGCAUGAAGUCAAUGGCUCUGCUCUCAAACCUCACGUCUCUCACCACUCUAAAGCUAGAGGAGUGCGGUAAUUUAACAGUGGAUGGAUUCAAUCCUCUCAUCGCAGUCAACCUCAGAGAACUGCAAGUGUGUGGGUGCAACACCUUAGCAGCAGAUAUGCUCUCAGAGGUGGCCUCUCACUCUCAGAGGGCCAAAUUAUUAUUGCCUGUAGGUUACAUCAGUGUGGAUAACAUCUCUGGAUUGCUUGUUGCUCCUAUUUGCAGCCUCCUCGCCCCGGCCCUCCACACACUUGAAUUCAAGUAUGCUGAUGAGACCAUGGAAAGGUUGACGGAAGAGCAAGAGAAAGCGCUGCAGCUCCUCACCUCCCUCCAGACACUAAGUUUUUACUCCUGCAAGGGUCUGCAGUCCCUUCCUCAAGGGUUACAUCGCCUUUCUUCUCUCAAGGAGUUACAUGUCAUGUACUGUCCAAAUAUCCGAUCGAUGCCCAAGGAGGGCCUCCCGGUUUCGCUGAGAAAACUAUAUAUGAGUGAUCGCAGCGCUGAGAUAGAUGAACAAAUUGAGAAAAUCAAAAGAACCAACCCAGAUUUAUCCGUCGAAACAUAACUACACCCAAGACUACUAGCGGUUCCACUCCACUCCACCACUGUUGCAAUCAAUCUUUUAUGCACACAAGUUGUGAAACCUGCACAUUAAUCAGCAGGUCAGGCUUCUGUUCCCUAUGUGUAAUAAAAAAAGGGCGUGCUCCUUGGUGCCGAUCAAGAAGAAGACUUGAGUCCAAUUAUGGAAUUGAAUUAUCAGGCUUGUGCUCCUUUUUCGCAUGAAGCGGCAGGACUGAACAGAAGAGGCCAAUUUAACUGUUGGCAUCAGUAGCAGCGAGGAAGAGGUA